ACACGCAAACUACACGAGCGCUUACGCAAGAAACAGGUCGCCAAAGCAAGCGGCAUCAGUAGCUAUAGCUAGCUCGCCGCCGUCCGAUCAGCUAGUUCAGUCAAUAGCCAUGGCUUUCGGAGGAGCUCGCCGUAGCUGCGCGCUGCUAGUGAUGGUGGUGGCGGUGGCCGUGGUCGGGCAGCUGGCGGGCGCGGACUUCGCGGCGGACCGCGCGGAGUGCGCGGACAAGCUGAUGGGCAUCGCGACGUGCCUGACGUACGUGCAGGCCACGGCGACGGCGCGCGCGCCGACGCCGGACUGCUGCUCGGGGUUCAAGCAGGUGCUGGGGACCAGCAAGAAGUGCCUGUGCGUGCUGGUGAAGGACCGCGACGAGCCGGCGCUGGGGCUGAAGGUGAACAUCACCCGCGCCAUGAACCUGCCCUCCGCUUGCGCCAUCGCCGCCACCUUCUCCGACUGCCCCAAGAUCCUCAACAUGGCGCCCGACUCCAAGGAGGCCGAGAUCUUCAAGCAGUACGGCAUCGAGCACGAGGGCAAGAACGCCACCGGCGCCGCCACCCCAGCCGCCUCGGGCGCCGCCACCGGUACCACCGGAGGCAAGAGCGCGGACGCCAAGUCCGGUGCAGGGAGGCAGCGCCGCGCCAACACGGUGGUCUUCGCCGUCGUCUCGGCGCUGCUCGUCUCAGUUUUCAUUCUGGGCUCAUAAGGAAAGAAGACCAAGAUACAUGAUUGGGCUGGGCUGGGCUGGGCUGGGCUGCAAAUUUCCAGUCUGGGCCUUAAGAUUGCUGAAGCAGAGGGUUGAUUGGUUGCUGUGUAGUGAGUGAGUUGCCUGUAUGAUAGUGUUGAUGCUGCAACUUGCAACUCCCCUAAAAAAAAGAAUCAUGUUGCAGGUUUGGUUUUAAAAAACUCUAGCUUUGGUUUCUCCCUUAUUCUUGUUUUUUUUGCUUUUUCUGGAGCAAGAGGGUGUGUAAAAUGGGUACGAUGUGUUGAUACAUGUUGGAACUUGGAAAGUUGGUCCUAUCAUUUCGGUA